UUGGAUCAAGCAUCGAUAUACCAGCCUCGGAGCUUGGACAGAUGGUCCUCACAGUUGUCUCGUAUGAGAAAUUACCAUUGUUUGUAUGACAUGCGCAAGCUCACAGAGAACAGUGCACGAAGUCAGGUACAGGGAAUUCCGAAUGUUUCUCUCUUGAAUGCUUCCUGCAGGUGCUUUCCGAGCCAUAAAGAAAAGGUUUUAGGUCCAAGAUUGAUGGCCAGGCGAAAACUAGGCGAAAACUGGGCUAGGUGAGAGGAGUUGGACCACUGUCGAACCCCCAAACCCGGGAUCGCAUAUGAAGAUGGCCUGCUUUCGUCUGGUAGAAAUGGGCUCAUUUCUCAGAUUGCAGGUGUGUGACCUGGUCACUGCCUUAUUUGUGCCUUCUCGAGGAGGAGGUUCCUCCUCGAGGCACAUUUAGACAGAUCAGGACCACGUCCUCGAACUUUACGUUCGGACAGGUUUCGCCGUGGAUUCUUGUCGUCGCGGGUGCGGCCGGGACGGAACUGCUUCCUCUGUAGAAGUGAAAUCUGCAAAUCCGCCUCGCAUGUCCAUUCAUGCUAGCGGCCAGUUUUGAUUUCACAAUGGACGAUGACGAUCGACGGGCUGGUUAAAUCUGCAAUUGGAAACACAACAAUAUAAGCCUGCAUUGGAUGUUGAGAAGUAUCCAGUCGAUUUUCCAUCUCUUCUACAUGUACCUGCUUGGAGACUGGAUUGAAGUAGCCUCGCUUGAAAAGCAUCGACACCGGCAACAGCGGCGGCAUCGCCCGGGGUCGAGGAGUCGAAGAAAAGAGCAUCCUUCGGGAGAGAGCGGCCCGUGGCUCCGAUGCCUCUGACGCCCGAGCCGACACCAGAGCCUGCACGGCAGGGCCUGGGCAUUCACUCUCGCCAGAAUUCGUCGAAUCAUUCGCGGCAGGCGUCCGCGGAGGGCAAGAGUCCCAAGGAGCACGUCGUGGACGUCAAGAACCGAGAGGAGGGGCGACACGCAGAUUUCGCCAACAUCGACGUCCGGACGGUGUUCGGCGACGGGAUGGGGCACAAAGCGCAGGUCUACGGGGAGAGAAUCAAGGGUGCGAAUCGGGGAGGCGGCGGGGACGACGACGACGACGCCGGGGCAGGAAUUGGAGGAGCGACGACGACGACGACGAAGGAGUGGGACACCAAGGCCCCGGAGCAGAGAAUCACCAUCUUCGCCCUGCGCAUGGCCAUCAUCGAGAAGGCUGCGAGCAGAAUCGGCACGCUGUCCUUCCUCUGGGCGACCGUGGUGAUCCUGGGCGGGUUCGCGACCACCGUCAACCAGCUGGACUUCCGCGUGGUCACCAUCAUCAUCCUCGCCGAAAGCUCGAGGAUCUUCAGCCGCAGCCACGAGCUCGAGUUGCUGCAGAUGUCAGUGCUCUCGCGCGAGAGCCUCGGCCAUCGCUUCCUGCACCACGCCAAAUCCUCGUUACGCCUUACCUUAUUCGGGCGCUGUAAGCGCCGACUCAAGACCUGCCUCGCCUCCACCGACGCUGCCGGUCACGCCCCGCCCUCGCACUCGCCCACCUCCGCGCGGCAUCGACCAUCCAAGAAGAAGCCGCCGUCGCUGUCGUCACCGUCGGGCGAGGCGCGGGUCCGGAACGCGCCGUCGACCUCGAAGCGGAUCAGUCGGCUGCUGUACGCCGUCCAGAUCGUGUUCGCCGUCGCCACCGUCGGGCUGGCGCUCUGGAGGCUGUACGAGAACGACUACUUCUACAACCCGAACGAUAACCUGCCCAGGCCGCCCAACAUCAACGUGUCGAUGACCGUGUUCUACGUGCUGUCCAUCGCCGAGGCGAUGCUCUUCCUGCUGGAGCGCGCGUUCUGGGAGCUGCGAAUGCGGUACGGCAAAAUCCUGGACCGCGUGAACGACGAGGUCGGGCUGGGGCCGGAGAAUCUGGAAUCCGUGCGGCAGUUUUUCAUCGACGUGUACUCGGCCUGCCUGAAGGGCAGCGUCUUCGAUGGGCUGGAGAUGGACCUCGUGUCGUUCGCCAUCCAGUGGCUGCGGGAGGAGGACUACAAGCAGCAACUCGGCGGAGCGCGGCUGCUGAAGAGCAUCGUCUCCCAUUCCGGCAAGGAGGAGGAGACGGAAAAUAAGAAAGAGCUUCGGAGCCUGAACUACUUUGCGGCGGACUGCUUGCGGCGGCUGGGCACGGCGCCCGGCGUCAUCGAGCGCCUGGUGGAGAUGCUGUCGUGGAACGGCAAGGACGAGGAGGCGCUGCUGGUCGAGGUUGCCGGCAUCGUCCGCCGCCUCGUGGCCUACAACCGGAAUGCGUCGAGGAUCGUGGCAAUUCCCGGCGCCGUCGACGGCAUCAUCUCGCUGCUGCUGCACGAGUACCCGCGUUCCAACGGCAGGGACCACGAGCAGAUGGCCGAGGUGUACCUGGAGCUGCGGGUCGAGGCGCUGCGGAUCCUCAAGUACCUCUGCUUCGAUCACAACAACAGGAUCACGAUCGGCGAGACUCGGGGCGUUCUGUCGAUUCUGAUCGUCUUCUGCGUCGCUCCGAAGGAGCCUUCGUUCUCCGAGGGCGUCAAUUCCAAGUUGGGCAAGUGCCAUCUGAAGACGUAUAAGAAGUCAUUGCAAAUCCUGGCGCUGCUGGCGUCGGCGCCCAACAGUUCGGGCGGGCUCCUCCGUCGGCGCAUUGCCGACGUGGUCUCGGGGCUCAAAAAUCUCCGGGACAUCAUCCAAUUCGACAAGGAGCCCAAGCUGCAGAAGAUGAGCGUGGAGAUCGUGUACCAUCUGGCUCUGGACGAAGGCGUGAGGAUCACGAUCGGGUCCACGGGGGGCGUGAUCAGCAGUCUGUUCAAUCUGUUCUCCAGGUACAAGGACCUGGAGCACAACGAGUUGCCAAGCGAGCGGCAGCAGGCGUCGUUGAUGGCGGGCAAAGCUCUGUCGAGGAUCCUCCUGCAAAACGAGAAGAACACGCUGAAGACCAUCACCUUGGUGUCGGAGAACCGCAUGCCUUUCCUCGAGGUCAUGAUGCACUUUCUGUGGGAGCCCCUCGAGGACCUCCUGAAUUGCGCCGCCACUCGAGACAUCGCCACCUGCAGUGCUCAGAUCCUGCGAACCGUUUUCGAGUUCGUGGAGGCCUCGGUGCAGGAGAAGCUGGCCAGGGGAUGCGUUCCGCUGGUGAUGUUGAGCAUUGACAUGAGGCAAAACGGCAGGUCCUCGUUGUACGAAUCGUAUCUGGGACUGAUUACUAAAGUGCUCGAUCGUCUGGACAAGGAAGCUUAUCAGCAAGCUAUCAACCAAAUCAACAAGCAGGAGUGGAUGGAUCAGUUGUAUCAAAAUUUAAGGCACACUCCUACCACGAAUAAGUACCCGAGUAUCCGCCGCUACACCAUCGAGCUGCUGCACGUCAUCGCUGAAAGAGACGUGCCUCAUAUCUCGUUCUACAACGUCAUCCAAGCGAAGAAGACCGUCAAUUCCACUAAUAUUUGCGAUGAGCUCCACCGGACGGCGGAUUCCAUAUCGGAAGUGGAGAACUUUUGCUUGUUCUCUGGGUUGAUAGGCUACACGAGACAUCAUGAAGAGAUGGAAGAGCUAGUAGCUCGCGUGAUCAAAAUCAUGGACAUGACUUACCGCAACAGAAGUCCGGCUGCGUAGAUGAUCCAGGGAAAAUUCAAGCGCCACCGAAAAUUCAACAUUUGUGCAUUUGUAGGAUGGAUUGCACCUCGUGACACACACACCCUAGGUUUGAGUUUCGGAAUCCAAAGUUCCUCGUCGUAAGAUGAUAAAACGUCCCGCGUAAAUCAUUUUUCAGCUCGGUAUCUCCUCAAGUGGAGUGAUGUCAGUUAAUAUUGCUGGGAAACGCGCGAAAGGAAAGAUGAACCGCAAAUUUAGCUCCAUCAAACAUACCCGACAUCGUACUUGCCCACGCCUUUCCCAGCAUGGGGGAAAUAUAUAUUAGCUACUGGAACAUGUAAAUGAUGAAUCUUGGUAAUUCCUGCCAAUACAUUCGACGAAAUGAAAGUGCGAAGUGGAUCAGAGCGCAAAGCUUCACGAGCAUGCUAUAAUUUCCAAGUUAAUAUUCAUUGCUCUUCACAUUUGCCUGACAACUACUCCGUUGUACUUCUCUCGUUGGAGUAUGGAGUGGUCCUUCAAUCUACAGGGGAAAAGGGAAUGUACCAGUUUAUAACUCAGAUGAAUUGAAGUACUAAUAGAACUCUCAGCUCUCAGUAGACCAGAUGUCAAGUUCAAGUUCACAAAAGAAUCUUGUCGGACCAAUAAAUUGUCGCUCGCUCGUUAGC